CCGAUCAAAGCGAGAGCAGAUAGUAGGAAAAUCACCCUCUUUUCGUUGGGGUCCGCGGGGAACAGACCCAAGAUGCUAAGGACCCCAGUGUUGGGCAGGAGCCUUCAGAAGUCCUCUGGUUUCUCCGUCUUGGUCAAGCAGAUGUGGGGGGCUCUCCGCAGUCAUCUGCGAAGGCCAGAGCAAUGGUGCUCGCAGGGUCCCUGUGCACAGAGAAAUCGGAAUGACACUUUGCACCCCCUCUGGAAGGGCCUGGCCUCCACACCAGGGGGCACCCGACAGUCGCCCAUCAACAUCCGCUGGAGGGACAGUGUCUACGACCCGCAGCUGAAGCCUCUCAGGGUUUCCUAUGCCGCAGCCAGCUGCCUGCACAUCUGGAACACCGGCUAUUUCUUCCAGGUGGAAUUCGAUGACUCGGCCGAGGGAUCAGGGAUCAGCGGUGGCCCCUUGGAAAACCUCUACAAACUAAAGCAGUUCCAUUUCCACUGGGGGGCGGCGAACGAGCGGGGCUCAGAGCACACGGUGGACGACCACGUGUACCCGGCAGAGCUGCAUUUAGUUCACUGGAAUUCGGUGAGAUACCGAAAUUACAAAGAAGCCGUAACGGGGGAGAACGGCGUGGCCGUGAUAGGCGUGUUUCUAAAGCUGGGGGCCCGGCACGAGGCACUGCAGAAGCUGGUGGAAGUCUUGCCGGAAAUCAAGCAUAAGGGUGCACGGGCUGCCGUGGGCCCCUUCCAGCCCUCCCGUCUCCUGCCCGCCUGUCGGGACUACUGGACCUACCCCGGCUCCCUCACCACGCCUCCGCUCAGCGAGUCGGUCACCUGGAUCAUCCAGAAGCAGCCUGUCGAAGUGGCUCAGAGCCAGCUGGCUGCCUUUCGCACGCUCCUGUCUUCCGCGCUUGGUGAAGAAGAGCAUUCAAUGGUGGACAACUACCGUCCGCUUCAACCCCUGAUGAACCGGAAGGUCCGUUCAUCCUUCCAGUUAUUUUUAAAAGCCGGUGUUAACCCUGGGACACUGAGACCCUCCCGGGAGCCACACCGAGCCUGGAUGCAUUGCACUGAAACCACAAACACCCCAAGAGGAAAGACGUGGCUCUCAGCCCUCAAAGCAAUGGUACAAAAAACAAACACAGACGCUCCCACUCCCUGUCCUGAGCGGCUGCCAGAUGCGGAGGUCAAGGUCCGCAGAAACACUGGGAACAUGAGGCCCCCAGAGCCCUCGGCCUUCACCGGGGUUCCUCGUCCUGUGCGCUCGGCCUCCUGCCAGAAGGCACCCACCAACUCCAUCUCACUCUCCCUGUCCCCACCUAACCCACUCUUCUCCUACCACGCCUGCAGCCCUCCAGCCCUGCGCUUGGACAGGGCACUCAUCCUGUCCCUGGUCCACGGCUUGCUUCCCUGCAAGAGUGGUGUCCUCAUCUACCUGCUGACUUGCAGCCCAGAAUAA